AGUCGCACCACCGCACCAACCAAACCAAGCCAAGCGAAAGAAAUGACGGCCAUCUCCUCCACCGCCUACUUCUCCUCGCAGCCGCAGCUUCCCGCGUCCACCACGAAUCCUAGCAGCAGCAGCGGCGGAGUGGUGAGGACGAGGAGCCUGACGGAGGAGGACCUUGAGGAGCUCAAGGGCUGCCUCGACCUCGGGUUCGGGUUCGCGUACAGUGAGAUCCCCGAGCUCUGCGGGACGCUGCCCGCGCUUGAGCUCUGCUACUCCAUGACCCGGAGGUUCCUCGAUGAGCAGAGGGCGCCGGGGCAGGAGCAGGAGCCCGCGGCGCCGCCCCUCCCCAACUGGAGGAUAUCUGGCCCUGGUGAUGAUCCAGAGGAAGUGAAGGCUAGGCUGAAGUACUGGGCUCAGGCAGUAGCAUGCACGGUCAAACUCUGCAGCUAAUGGAGGCUGGCUCUCUGCUGAUUCAUCACAUAAUUAAUGUGUAUGCUAUGACGGGCUGAACUGAAAGUUGGUUGGUGGUUGAAGAAUCUGCUUAUAUGGGUUUGGGAUGUGAUGGGCAAAUACUCCUCCGGAGGUGCUUCUGCUUCGUGGCAUCGAGGCAACACAGGUGAUCUCUGCUUUUGAAAAACUAUGGAUGGGGGAGACUCAUGACUGCAGGAAAGCAAGAAAACUCGAGGUGAUCCAUGCUCUGGGCUUCUAUGAAAGAAUUCAGAAGCUUGUCAUUCCUUAGGGUGGUCUGCAUAAUGCAGCGUUUGCAAAUGCAAGGCCUUCUAGUUCUUUUUUCUCUUCUUUGCAAUGAUCACUAGGUGCUCUAAUUGUUGUACACCUGUAAUGUACUGGGUGGAGUUUGGCUACUAAUCCAUGGGUUGAUUAGUUCCAAACUUCCAAUAUUGUUUUGUUCUGUGC